GGCGUUUUGCGCUUCGCCGGAAAUCGGGCAAGCACGCAGCGCUGGCAGCGCUUCCGCUGGGGGAACUACACCUACAAAAUCGAAAAGGCUGAUGACAAGGCGACUGGAAUGGAGGCCCUGAACCGGAGGCGCGCACGGGUAGCCUACAGCUACCAGCCCCAGAACGAGGAUGAACUCCACCUGGAAGUGUCCGACCUGAUUGAGGUCCUGGAGGAGGUGGAGGAGGGCUGGUGGAAGGGGGUGCUCAGGGGCCGCGUGGGUGUCUUCCCCUCAAACUUCGUGGUGCUGGACGACGCGGUGCCGCCGGCCUCGUCCCCCCGGGGGGGCACGGGGGGACGCUGGGCCGGGAGCGCCAACCCCUCCACGGGCGUCGUGUCGGAGUUCAACGCAGACAAGCCGGACCCUUCGGUGGACGUCACGGGUGCGUUCUUCCUGGCCGCUCUCUCCCGGCGCCCUAAGGGAUCUCUCUUGCGAGGAGACCACUUGUCGUCAUCUGCAGCGGAGAUCAAGCCCAAGCCUGUGGUAAAAGGGAUAGGCUUUGGCAACAUCUUCCCCGAGAGCCGCAUCAAGGCCAAGCAACAGGGGAGCGAGCCACCCAACGACAAGCGCGGUACGGUACCCCUGAAGAAGCCCGCUCCUCCAGUGCCGUCAGACGCUUCUUCAGAGGCUCCAAAAUUGCCACCGAAACCUGUGCGGGAGCAGGCCCGGGUGCUGUAUGGCUACGAGGCCCAGAACGAGGACGAGCUCACAAUCCGCGAAGGGGACGUGAUAGUGGUGCUCACCAAGGAAGUGGAGGACAAGGGCUGGUGGAAGGGAGAGCUCAACGGCAGAGUAGGCGUCUUCCCGGACAAUUUCGUCAAGCUCAUAAAGGAGGAGGUGGCGCUGCCAGCCAAGCCGGAGCGACCCGAAAAGUCGCCCGGAGGCAAGACUGUCCCCAAGCCGGACUUGCCGGACAAGCCUGCCUUCCAGGAGUAUGGCAACAGCUCGGACCGGCCGGUCUCCAAAGUGCCUCCUUUUAAGCCUUCCGAAAUUUCUAAGAAAGCCUCCUCCCCCGUCACCGCCGGCCUGGAGGAGAGGGCCCCCGAGCGUAGGCCCCCUCCCGUGCCCGCCGUGCCGGGCGUACCCCCCGCCACUUGCCUGGCCGCCGCCAAGAAGCCCUACGCACUCCAGUCACUGCCCUCCCCGCCCGUGGGGGGCCAGCAGGCCCCGAGUCAGACCCCCAAGAAGCCCCCCCAAAGGCCCCCGGACGAGGGCUCCCCCCCUUCCUCCGCCCCGCCCCCACCCCCUUCCCCCGUCGCGAGCCAACCGAGAGCGCCCGCGGUGCCCGCGAAGGAAGCGGCGGACGCCUACGCUCAGGUGAUGCGGCCGGCAGCCGCCACCAACGGCCUUGCGGCGGGCGCCAAGGAACCCAAGUCUCCUCCCGUGAACCUCGCGAGGGAAGAGUACUCCGAAGCGACGUUUGACAGCAUUGAGCCCUCUGAGAACAAGCUGAACCACCCCACUGCCAACAGGGUGAGGCCCCCCAUGAACAGGAGGCCCCCCUCGCACAUCACCGUCGGCAAGGAAAACGGAAACGAGCCAAAUGAGAUGCAGCCUGCCUGGAUGAAGGACCUGGGCAAGAGGAAUCAGUCCAAAUUUACUAGUCAGCCUCCCUUCGAGAACAAGGACGUCAAGAUGAGCCCAGAGAAGGAGACUACAGCCAGGGGCCUCCUCCAAAAGUCCCCACCGUCUGUGCACAGGACUUCCGCCUGUCCAACCAGGGAAGAAUCAACUGCAGUGCCACGAAGUCCGUUGUCAAAGGAACCGCCAGCGGCAGCUUCCGCUGCAGCAGCUGCGGCGGCAGCGCCGCCAUCCUCGGUACUUCGCAGCCGAAAGAUGUCCUCGUCCAUCGACAGCGAGACCACAGAGGAGCUCAGGAGCGAGCUCAGAGUUAUGCGAGAAAGCUCCGUGUCCAAGGAAGAGUUCAACGACCUUCUGCAGCAGGUGAACUCCCUCAAGGAAACUGUUGAAUCAAACAGGAGUCAGUACAGCAAACUGGUUAGGGACCUCAUGACAGAAAUCGACGAAGAAAAAAAGCUGCGCAUGACCCUUCAGGUGGAGAUUGACCGCCUCAAGAAACUCACCCUGACGGUCUGACUGCCAUCUUUUCCGUCUGCCACGUCGCCACAGCCCGGCAGUGCGUCAUCCGGUCGUCUCCUCAGCGUCAUCUAUUACGGGCGGGAGAACCUCUAUUCGGAAAUUAAAGUGAACAAGUAUGUCUCGCAAGAUUUUGAUUUGAUCUACUCGCUUCUUUGUGCGUUUGCCUUCUCUUCCAUCUCACGUUCUCACAAAUCUGUCUAAGAAGCCAUUGUUUUAUGGAGUGUUUGAUUUGACAAGUGCAAGCGAGCUAUGGUGACUGACCCUUUUGCGUUUACUUGGCGGUUGCGGGUGCAUGCUGGUCUAAGGUUGACCAGCCGCGGUAUGCGUCCCUCAACAGUAUAGCAGUGCCCCCGGUAUUUUCUACGGCCGUUGUGCGGGGCGUUAUCCAGGGUCGAACCAGUCCUACUUUAUUCUGUACUGGUACUGAUUGUUUGAGAUUGUUCUGAAUAUGAUUUGGUUAACGGGUGCUGUUCUUGACUUGAACUGCAGUUUUGACCGGUAUUACCGCCGUUCAGCUGAGUGGAGUCUAAAGAGAUCAACGACGGGCCCACGACCCAGAGGAGAUGUGUAAAUCAAAGUGUGUUGCAUUACCUUUUGUUUUAUGUAAUUUUGUUUGCUCACUUGUUGGUGCAACAGGUCAUGUACUUUCAUUCCAUUUUUCCUGCCUUCGACAAGCUAACCUCGCUUUCCGUGAAUUUGCACGUGGAGCCGCCAAACAGUGCUGAACCAUGCAGCCCAACGUUUACCUUGACACUCAAAGAAAAGUCUGUGCUGAGCUGUACAUACUCUCUAAGGCUUUAUCAAAGGCCUCAGUUUUUUUUUGUUUUUUUUCUGUUUCUUGCAACGAUUUUUUAGUUACCCAUUUUGGUGUGGCUUUCUUAAUUCUUUCUGUCUCACUAACUCACCUGUCAGUCUACUGUUUUAUUAUGGGGGAGCUUCACAGAACAAUUGCUUAGUAGGUUUGGACAUGUAUUGUUGUAGUUUGAAGAGUGCACUCACUUGCGUGUGUGUGUGUGUUUUUUUUUUUUUAUGAGUGUAGUGAAAGCACCUAAUUCAAGCUUAUGCGUGAGGUCUUGAUUUCUUAUUUUCUCAAAGCAUUUUAAAACCCUUUGAAGGUCUGGAACUUUUUGUUGCAAGCAGGCAGGUCAGACUAACUUUUUGUAUCUUAUGCUGUGUGCCCCGGCUAAACGCUGAAGACCUUGAUGAACGGGACAACAAUGCUGCGAAACGGAACGAAACGAAGCAAAACAGAGCCGCACGUCAGUUUCCUAUGCCCUCCGAACCAUUGAAAUAUAGUUAUAGACCAACCUAGAUUAUUUGAAGUUUGUUGGGGCCUUUCCAGCGAUUCAGGGAGUGGCUUUCAGUCAUGCUGCUGGUUUCGACAGUGCUUCAGUGUUGUAGCUGAAUCAUGAUCAAAAGCAGUGAGCUUGUGUGAAACAUUGAGCAUUGAAGGGAGAGACACCAUCGCUCCUCCUAACCUGUCAAUGGCCUGUAUUGGAGAGGUGGAAAGUUUACGAUAACUAUACUCCAUUCACCCUCAAGCUGAAGCUAAAAGCUCCGCCUUAGCGCGAGCUCGCUGGCUUCCGCAGUGCCUUGGUUGCACGGGACUGCGCAUUCACACUUGUGUUGGCAAGGGCAGAAAGCCUGCGCUGAAGGCGGAGCUUCUAGUCUCAGCUUAAAGGUAAACAAGGUAUAUGUCAGUUGUCCUGUCCAUGAAGAUUAAGACCUCUUGCAAAGAAUAUAGCUGUUGCUAGCUGUAAAUAUUAGACACUCAAAGCAUAAUAAGACCUAAGUAAAAAAAGUUUCACGCAAAACAAAAAAAAAGUAGUCCAUGCAAGUACGUACAAAGUGAAAUGAACAGAGCUAUUAUAAUUGUGAAAUGCAGCUGGGGUGCAAUUACUGUGCAACAAUAUGUGGUAAGACAUGUUUGUUCAAUUGUGGUGUCACCCUGGAAGUUUUUUUUAUAUGGUUUUUCUCAGAGCAUAAUGUAAAUGUUUCUGAAUGCAUUCUCUAAGUAAUAGCAAGGUGACUUUUCCUCAAGUGCUGGCACUUGAAAAGCAUCAAGUGCAGAAUGAUGACAUUGUUGCAUCAUAGCUUCUAUCUUUACAAGCAAGCAAUUGAUUGCCUAAACUUGUGCCGGAAAAGUGACUUCAUUGUAACCCAAAAUUUUCGAGUGAAUGCUGGUAACCAUUACUUGCUUGUAAGUGUUUACUGGAUUGCGUUGAGGUACCGUGCAAGGUAUCUAACGUGCAUCCAUUGAUGACAUAACGACGCAUUCCAAGUCCAAUGGAGAUAUGUCCCAUUGAAAUUAAUGUCUAGGUAUUUUUUACAGCGGUCUGAACCGCGGAUGGCUUAUAGAUUCUUCUUGUGCCAUUUUUUAUAUGUCCCACAGGAUGCUAGGGUUCAUAUUUCUGAAUAUAUGACUGUGCUAGUGCUCAGAACGUAACUUGUGAAAACUUUUAUGUGUAGGUGCUUCAUCGUCGAGCACGACUUACGCUAGGCAAAGUCGCUGUUCCUUAAUUGACAGCGAACGAUCCUAAUCUUGCGAUAUAUUGUUAGUUUUCACGCUGUGAAGUCAGCUACUUGUGUCUUGUUUUAACGUCUUUGGUACUGGUAUGUUCUGCGAAGAACAAAAGUAAGAUGGCUUUGUAUACAGGUGCCAAUUUCUGAAACAUAUCUUGCUCCUCUUUUUGUACUGAAAUGUUUACCAGCUACCAUUGAACCGAGCAUUGUGACACUUUUGGUCAGUUUUGUGCUAGUACUUUUAACUGUACACCAUUUAUACAAGCUUAAGAAACAGUCGACAUAGUCUUGUCAGCUUGAAUGGAACGAUUAGGAAGAAUUGCAGUUAAUCCCGUUUGUAUUCACAGGUGCAUUGAGUUCGCAUAUAUCAAAAACGAACUUGGGUGUGCUCAAAUAAUGGUUCUUUUAUUUCUGUUUGGAAAGCAUGCCUGGAUAGCAUCCUGGAUAGAUUAAUGCAUUUAUGCCUCUUUCCUUUUUUGCUUUCACUUUUUGUGAUUUGAAACCUGAUGGCAGGCAUUCCAUGAAUAUCUAGCGAGCUUUAUACAAUUAAUAUUUUCAAAUGGGAAAAAACUGUGGUGUUGCAUUCCAAUUAUGGUACUACUAUACUUUAUGCUUUGUCUUGUCUUCACGUGGACUGCAGCAAAGGCCACAAGUGUGAAGUGCUUGCUUUUAAAGAUGCCUCUGCUGCACAUGCAGCCGAGGGCACAGACCAAAACCCUUCACUCUCGCUUGUAACCUUUGCCGCAGCCCAUGUUACGGCGAGGCAGAGCGUAUUCUCUCGGUACUUAAGCUGUACAUCAAAGCUGCACAAUAUUUUUUCUGUUUUUAAGUGACCCAGGCUAAAUGGCGACUGGUUUGACUGAGCACAUACUCGUUACUAAGCAUUGAGUUGUGGCUUAUUUUGGAGUGCCAUAUGAGGAGCGCGUGUGGUGUUCAGGUACCCUGUGUUUACGAAGCUGAAGUGACAUUCUUUGGUUAGGUGGUUGGUCUACUCCACCGUUGCCCUUACCCAUCCCUUCCAUUUUCUUUUGUUGAAAGCUUAAAAAGCUUCGUAAUCGUUCAAUGAUUCUGUGCGGAGUGUUCUUGUUUAUAAUGUAAUUUUAACAGUUCCUCCAGUGUUCCAUUUGCAUAACAUGACAAAGUGAUGCAGUUUAGCAAUAACUCGCGAUCAUCGGACGUAAUGGUACCGGCAUGGUGCGAGAAAGUGUGUAGUGCUGUUUACGACGACAAGAGUAUUCGCCGGCAUGUGUAGCACGUACGUGUGUUGGCUCCGUGGAGUAAACUGUCUCAGCAGUUUUUUCCCUUGUUUUUGUUUAAUUUUUUGGUUUAGGUUUUGAUUACCACUUAAAUAUAUAGAUAUGACUGCACCAUUUCUUAGUCAUUUCUGCUUGUACAAUAGUAUUAUGGAUGGCAAGUGAACUGCAGUCAGCGAUGGGGAAAAAGUUAGGUGCUUUGAACGAGCCCAGUGGGAAUUAAACGAUGCCACUCACAUUGGAAACCAUGCGUAAUCACUGACAGGACAAGGACGGCGACGAGGUCCUUCAGUGGUGCUGCCUCCAGCACGAGGUCACACCCGUGUCUCGCGAGUCUGGAGCAUGCAGGCGCAGCCGCAGCACUUUGGAAGGCAACAAGCGCACACUGGAGGACGGGCGUCUGAAAGAGACGCUCCGCACUUCUUGUCCUGUCAGCGACUGCAGCUCGUAUUACGAUGUACAUUGCUGCCAAUACCUCCCGUACGACUGUACAAGGCCGAGACUUUUUCUUUCCCGUGUCUUCAGAGGUUUAUUUUGUACCGAGAAAGGGUGAAGAUGUGUAUACAUCGUGACAAUCCUGUAAGCUCACAGUUGAUGUGUAAUAUAAUAGAUUUAUAUAUGAGAACACAGUAUGUAGAUGAACUGAAUGUGUAGCUUUCGUACAAAUAAAUGUUAUACUUGCUGCAUUCUCCAAA